AUGGAAGCAGAAAACUGUACACAGGUGUCAAAAUUCCUGCUCUUGGGCCUCUCAGAUGAUCCUGAACUGCAGCCCAUGUUCUUUGGACUGUUCCUGUCCAUGUGCCUGGUCACGGUGCUUGGGAACCUGCUCAUCAUCCUGGCUGUCAGCUCUGACUCCCACCUCCACACCCCCAUGUACUUCUUCCUCUCCAACCUGUCCUUCAAUGACAUCUGCUUCAUCUCUACCACGGUGCCAAAGAUGCUGGUGAACAUCCAGGCACAGAACAAGGACAUCUCCUACAUAGAGUGCCUGAUACAGGCAUAUUUUUUAAGUACUUUUGCUGGAAUGGAUGAUUUCCUACUGACCAUGAUGGCCUAUGACCGCUUUGUGGCCAUCUGUCAUCCACUGAAUUACACAGUCGUCAUGAAUCCCCGGUUCUGUGUCCUCCUGAUCCUGCUGUCUUGGUUCAUCAUUUUCUGGGUCUCUCUGAUUGAUAUUCUACUGGUGAAGAGACUGAACUUCUCCACUAGCACUGAAAUCCCACAUUUCUUCUGUGGAUUGGCUCAGCUCCUUAAUGUGGCCACCUCUGAUACCCUUAUCAACAAUAUCUUUCUGUACGUGUCAACUGCCCUGUUAGGUAUGUUUCCUAUGACUGGGAUCCUCUUCUCUUACUCUCAAAUAGUCUCCUCCUUGAUGAGGAUGUCCUCCGUCGCUAGCAAGUAUAAAGCAUUUUCUACCUGUGGGUCUCACCUCUGUGUGGUCUGCUUGUUCUAUGGAACAGGGCUUGUGGAAUACCUCAGUUCUGCUGUGACCCAUUCUUCCCUGAGAACCAUGAUUGCCUCAAUGAUGUACACUGUGGUCACCCCGAUGCUGAACCCCUUCAUCUACAGCCUGAGGAAUAAGGAUGUGAAGGGGGCCCUGGAGAAACUCCUCAGCAGAGCAGCCCCUUGUCCCUGA